AUCUAAAUUUUUCAUGAAAAAACAUUUCCCUAACCUAAUCUUGGAAGAAAGGUUUAUCCUCAUAAUUAUUUUAUGCAUACACCCAUUUAGUCUAAUCAAUCUUGGUUCUUGUUUACGUAUAUAAUGUUGUCCAAAGAUGUUAUCAUCAAAUGCAUCGUCGCAACAAUGCAUCUUUAUCUUCUUCUUUUUUUUUUAUCGUCAAAUGACGCAUUAUGUACACCAUAACUUAUUGACGUGUCAUCUUCUACACAUUAUUUCAUCUAAAAUUACCCAUCCAAAUGGUCGUAAACACUUUGUGAACGAACUUUUAUUCCUGAUUUCUGUAUGACAACCACAUUUCAGAUCAUAUUUGGCACAACAGAAAUCUCUCAAUUGGAUUAUAACGUAACGAUAAAUACUAGUGGUCAAGCAGCCGCCACGACAUCAACACAAUAAUGUUUUUUUAGAAAAUUUCAAAAUGCGGAAAGACGUAUGCUUCAACAAUAGACGAAACGAUGAACCUCCAGAGAAGGUAUAAAGGAAUGGUUGAUGGUACAACCAAAUCUCACCACACCUGAGAAUUCCCUUCGAUUGAAUCAAUUCCUCCCUUGGUGUUCAAUGCCUGAAGCCCAUCUUCCUAACAGUUAAUAUUGUUCUUCUUCGAGAAAAACAUUGGUGCUGUUAUUGGUGGGUUCGAACCAGAUUUUGUCCCAUUUUUUUUCAAUCGGUAAUGAUUACAACAAUAAUAUAAUUUUCCUUGUUCUUGUGUUUGAUUAGGAUAUCUUCUUUAAUCUUUUAUGUUAUGUGAUUUCUCCAAUAUGCAUUUUGAAAUGAAAUAAAUUUUUUUCCCCUCAGGGUUAAUUGGAUAUCUUCAAUCAGAAACAGAUAAUAAGAUAGAAAAGAGAGGAUUGGUUCCAGAAGAGUGUGGCGGGUUAACAUUUCGAUUUGUUAAAACACAGGUGAUCUACACUCCUUGCAUUCAUAUACUUUUUUUUAACUCGAAUUCUUUCGAAAUUGCCUGCUUCUUAAUCUCUUUAAAUUCAUUUCAUGAUUCAAAUGUCAAUCGCAAUGGAGGAUUCUUCAAAUACUAGUUAUAUUUGGUGAUUUGUGUAGGAAAAGACUGUAUGAAGUAAUGGAGGCUAAAGGUGGCAAGAAGAAUUCCAACGGCAGUAAAACAAUAUUCUACGACGCACCUCUCGGUUACAGCAUUGAAGACCUUCGACCCCACGGUGGAAUCAAGAAGUUCCGUUCUGCUGCUUACUCCAACGUCAGUCAUCUCAAUCUCUCCCUUGUUUCUUCAUUAUUGAAAUUUUCGCCAUGCAGAAAAAUAAUUAUUUCCCUUUUUUUGUAAUGUUUUCUUUUGUUUCAAUGCAGUGCGUUCGAAUGCCAUCUUGAGUUCCCACAACUAGUUUACAUAUAACUAACAUAACCCCUACUGCCUUCUGUUUCCUCUAUUUUUUUUUUCUUUCUUUCAAUUCAUUACUCUCUACAAAAAUUCUCCCUCUUUCCUUCCUCCUCCUUUCAAGCGAACCAUAAUAAAUAAAAAAAAUGGCCUUCUCAGCCUCAGCAAUCGGGUUCGAAGGCUACGAAAAACGACUCGAGAUAUCGUUUCACGAGCCUCGUUUCGAUUCUUAUGAUCACGACGGAGGAGGAUUACUGACGAACCUCCGCGAUUUAUCUCAAUCUCAGUGGGAGAAAAUCCUCGAGCCAGCACAAUGCACCAUCGUCGACACCCUCUCGAACGAUUUCCUCGACUCCUACGUGCUCUCGGAGUCGAGCCUCUUCGUCUAUCCCUUCAAGCUCAUCAUCAAAACCUGCGGGACGACGAAACUGCUGCUCUCCAUCCCGGUCAUCCUCGAAACCGUGCCCCUCGACGUUCGUACCGUGAGGUACACGCGAGGCACCUUCCUGUGCCCCGGAGCUCAGCUGUUCCCUCAUCGAAGCUUCUCCGAGGAAGUAUCUUUCCUCGACGGCCACUUUCGUCGACAGCUCGGCCUCCAGACCCAAGCUUGCAUCUUGGGCAGCCCCGACGAGACGCAACAAUGGCAUGUCUACUCUGCUAUGAGUACUACUCAACAUCGUCAUGACGAUGGAAUCGUCGCACCUACCUACACUCUUGAAAUGUGCAUGACUGGCUUGAACGCGAAGAGAGCUAAUGUGUUCUACAAAACUCGCUCGUCGUCGGGAACUGAGAUGACCGAGAAUUCGGGUAUCAGGGAGAUUCUUCCAGGGUCGGAGAUAUGUGAUCACGAUUUCGAGCCGUGUGGGUACUCGAUGAAUGCACUCGAAGACGGCGCGAUCUCGACGAUCCAUGUGACGCCCGAGGAGGGUUUCAGCUACGCGAGUUUCGAAGCUGCGGGGUAUGAUUUUUUCGGGGCGGGUGUGGAUUUGAACCGGUUGGUUGAGAGGGUUUUGGGUUGUUUCGAGCCGGCUCAGUUCUCGGUUUCGUUGCAUUGCGAUCCUGCGGUGGUGGAUGAUGGUGAUGAGAUGGGGAUGAUGAUGGUGAUGAAGUUUGGGUUGAUGGAUUUGAAAGCGUAUUAUUGUGAGGGAAAUAACUGUGAAGUGAUUGGAGAAGGUGGAGGAAUUGUUUGUUACCACAACUUUGUUAGGAAGAAUGGUUUGGGAUCACCCACGUCUAUACUGAUGAGAGGUUGCUGGAGCGAGGAUGAUGAGAAGGAGGAUGACUUCGUCGAAGAGAAAUAAAAAAAAAAAAAAAACAUGUAUUUUGUGGUCUGUUUUGUACUGAAAUCUGUAUGCGCGUUUUGAUUUCAAAUUGUGAAUUUAUAUGAAAAAAAUGUUGUAUUGGGGUUAUGAUUAUGAGUUAAGGUCAAUUGUUUAUGUAUAUAACUGUGGCUUGUGACAUUUGUUCAAUUUAUUUUUUUUUUAAAAUUUUUUUCCUUUAUGAAUUUCACAUCUUUUGAAAAAAAAAAGAAUAUUUGUGCUUUGAUGAGCACUUGUACCAGGUGAUUUUCCUGGAUCUUAAAUGUUAACCCGAUAAUUCUAAUGUAUCAGGAUUCUCCAGUUUCAUAUUUUUUUAGAACUCAGAAUCCUCUACUUCAGUAACCAUGAAGUAGUCCUUCUACUAGCACAUGAAGUGUUGAUUAUACCGAUUUGAUUAAUUUAUUGGAACUUUACCUUCUUUUGAUCUUUGUCUGGAUACCUUGUGUUUCUAUUUGCUUUAAUGAAUUGCUAAUUUCAAAUGUCUCGUUUUGCCAAGCUCAAAAUUGUAGAAAAGAAGGAUGAAGAUAAGGGGGUUGCCAAAAAGAAUAAGAAGAAAUGAAGGUUAAAAUUGUAUUUUAACAAUCUAACAAAAAACAGUUGCAACCAACAAUGUCUUAUGCCAAGUAUCGAGCCAAACGAGACAUUUGAACAAAGUUCUCAUGAUAAAAUGUUCGGUUUUGUGAUGACUGAUGAUACAUUUAUGAAACCCGAUAUAAACGGUCCGUUAAAGUUUUACAUUGAAAUUAGGGCAAUGUUAAGAACAGUUUUUUCUUCUUAACAUCUCGCUUAUUUAACAAUGGAUAAUUGUAUCCCCUGUGGUAGGGAUCAAGAAAUGUGGAGUGUUGUUGUUUGGUUAAUGUGAUUUUGAGUUUUCAGUUAUCUCUUAUGGUAUAGAUAGAUAUAUAAUGAUUUCACUUAUCCGUGUCCGCUAAGCACGAUACUCAAAUGACACUUCAUUCGGUUGAGGGAUUGUACGUACUAGAUAAGAAACAUCGUACAGUUGCGAGUCAAUGCUCAAUUGAACCUUUCUAAUUACCCAAUGUACGUGCACCAAUGUGCAAUAAGAGAUUGUCUCACACAUUGACAUUCUUUUACCUCCACACUUUAUUUGUUAUGGAAUCUUUCUUUCACUUGCUAGGCAAGUGUACCAGCUCCCAAGCGUUCCCAACACGUCAUGGUAGUUCUUCAAAAACAAGUUGGCCACAAGUCGAAUGUGAUCCUGUCUCUUGUCCAUAUAGAAGAAAAAACAAUGCAGCAUCUCCACCUCGAAUAAGACCACACAUGUCAACCAUUGUGGCGAGUCAUCCCUCAAUAAUGCUCCGUCCACUGGAAAAUGGAGAAUAUAGUGAAAAUCGUGUGGAAGGAUCGACAUCUCUAUGAAUGGCAUGUGGAAUGUGUUGGUGUCCAACCUCCACCUCUCCACGAAGGCCGUUAGUAGGGUAGCAUCAAAAUGGGGCAUUGUGCAUCCGAUCAAGCGAGACAAACCUGUGGUCUGAACCAUCGCAUGAGAACCCUCUACACUCCACUUGUAUUGCUUUGACAUCUUCAAUGUUGCACUUCCAUUAUAGCACUCAAGCACCCCACGAUCCUACUCAUGCGAUGUCCACGGUAUAUGGGGCCACAUGACCACCAAAAUCAAGGAUCAUAUCUUGG